AUGGCCACCGCGAUCUACAACACCCUCUUCCGGAGGAACUGGACGAUGCUGGGCGUGGUAUUUGCUGGCGCUUUCGCCUUCGAGCUUGGUUACGAUAAAGUAAUGAACAAGGUCUGGGACAGCAACAACAGGGGGCGCCAAUGGAAGGAUAUUCGCCACAAAUAUAUCGAAGGCGGGGACGAGUCUGAGGAGUAA